GCNNCGCUACGUCCUCGCGCUGGGUCGCAAUAGCCGCGACGGAGCGGCCGCCAGACAAGCAGAUUGCCGGGCAAGAGCACGGGGGGAGCGCCGGGGGGGGCGUCGGCCAGAGAGAGUAUGUUUCGGACAGCGGGAGCGGCAGCGAGGAGGCGGACGACAACGAUUCUAAGGCUGGCGAGGAGAGCGAGGAGACCACCGAGGGCGAGGACACCUUCGAGGAGGAAGAGGACGCGGACGUUGUGGGGGCUCUCGGGAGGCGCGCGAAGAUGAUGCCGCGGGGUGUUUAUGCUCGCUCGACCGAGAGGGCCCGGGGAGCCAAGAGGACGCGCGCCGUCGUGCGCGCGAACUUGGCCCCCAAGCUCAGCGGGCGAGCGAAAAAAGCGUUUAAGGAAGCAAAAGUGCAAGGGAUGCAGCCUGCCGUGUGCAACCUCAGCACCGCAAGGCACGCGUCCGUCGAAGACUUUUGCGCGCGCGUCUUCUGGGGGCCGGCUGCUCGCAAGGCGGCCGCCAACGCUUACAUCCGGUACGGACUGCAGGACUCGAGCGUCUCUGAGGAAGACCACGGGGUCACCGGAAAAGCUUGGCACAGCCCCAUACCGGGGACAGCAGGCGAAUGGUGGAGCGGGCUGGGAGUCGGCCCUCUUCCUGACCGGGAAAAGAGAGCUAGCGACGAGAGCGACGGCGGCUUGGUGGCCUGGGUCGCCAAAGCACAGCCCGCCUUGGACGCUGAUGACGUGGCAGCACCCCCGGCUAUCCAGCCAUGCGCGCUCUGCGGCGAGCGCAUUACCCACGGACGCAUGUGCCUGCUGCCUGCCACAGCGGAAUUCGGGCUUCGGAUGCCGGAGACGAGCGAGGAGGUGUUGGUCGAGCUGCGGCGGGUCAACGCUCGCUGCUUCGAUUGUCGCACCUACCCGCCGUCCGCUCAUCAGAAGGAGAGGGAGGGCGUGACGUACCCGCCACGCGCAGAGCUGGGAGAGCACGACCGGACCGAGUUUCACAAAGUGGUGUACUGGAUCCGAGCCCAUAACGAGAGGUUCGGGGGCGGUCCACAGACGGACGGCGACGUGUCCCGGAUGCUCGUGCAACUGUAUGAGAGACCCGCCGGCAAGUGCGCGCUCUCUGGUAAGCCCGUCUUCUGGAGGAACCCUCGGAGCAAAGCCGAUAUUUUCGAGAGGGCGUCGGUCGACCGCGUCGUGGCCGGCGGGACGGGGCUCGCGCCGGACGGGAAAGACGUUGGGGGGUCGAUGAGCUGGCAUGGGCCGCUGGGCUUGCUCAGGGACGUCGGGCAGGAGGUGUCCAGAUGGGGCGUCGAUGAGAAGGCCUUUCUCGCGGGCGAGGGGGUCCGAGAGCUGGCGGGGGCCGCCGACCUGCCGGCGUUCUACGUGGCUGACGAGGAGGAGAUCGAGACGGACGCGGCGGUGUGUUUUGGCCGCCUCCGUGAUCUUUGUGCGAAGAAGGGGCUGCAGGUGGAGGCGACGCUCGGCGACGUCAAAGCGCGGUUGGCCGCCGGAACCUACUACGAUGCGACGCUGCUUCCCAUCUCCUUCUCCUCUGGGCCGUCGUCUUCCCGCUCUUCCCGCUCUGUCUUUGCGUUUGGCACGGCGUUCCGCACGCUUCAUCUCAAGCCAGAUCACGAGGGGCCCGUUCGCGCGGGCGACUUCAUGCUGCUCAUGAGUGGGGUGAAAGCCGCCUUAGACAUCAUGGUGCACCAGGAAGUUGGAAACCCGCUGGCCCGAUUCCGACAGUGGGCGUGGGAUGUGCUGCAGCACAACAGGGGAGGGCCGUCUCCUGAGGUGUGA